ACGAUUUUCUGUAGAACAAUAAAUAUAUAAUAUUUAUUAAAUUCUUCUUUUUAAUGUUAGGAUCAAAGAGAAAUGUCAUCUAUCCAGGAACAAGUGCAAGAAGAUAUUUUACAGCGGAUGCUAACAAAAUUCAACCUCAUUUGUCGGAAUGAAACCAUAGAUUUGGAUUACCUCCUGGACAUUGCUCAGCAAGAACUGGCUUUGGCAACUGCUGCAUUAAAUCAUGUUACCAUUCCAGAACAAUUAAUUGAGUCUCUACGGGAGUUAAUAAACGUAGUUAAUACAUCUCUGAGUUCGGAAGAGACUACAGCACACACAUCUGACAUUGUAACUUUAACUUGGGGUAACUUGGGACGUCCACGUCUGGAUAUAAGCAGGGAUGACAUUGAAGAACUUCUCAGCACUGCACUUCCUGUAGAACAUCUUGCUCAGAUAUGUGGUGUUUCUAGAAGAACAAUGAACAGACGAUUGAAGGAGCACUCAUUGUCUGUCAGAGGCUGCUAUUCCAGCAUAUCAGAUGAUGAACUUGAUCAUGUUGUAAGAGCAAUUAAAUUAAGAAUGCCACAUUCUGGCUACAGACUAGUGAAAGGUGAACUUGUGGCUAGAGGGCAUCGGAUACAGUGGCACAGGGUGAAGGCCAGCAUGCAGCGAGUGGAUGGAGCUGGAAUUUUGGCCAGAAUGGUUCAGCUUGGUUUUGUAGCUCGCAGAACUUACUCUGUUCCUGCACCGUUGUCCCUAGUUCAUGUGGAUACCAACCACAAACUAAUUACGUUCAAUAUUGUAAUAUUUGGUGGGAUUGAUGGUUUCUCGAGGAAGAUCCUGUAUCUUGAUGCUGCUACCAACAACAAAGCAUCAACAGCUUUCAAAUUCUUUCUGGAGGGGGUUCAAAAACACGGGUGGCCUUCAAGAGUACGUGGUGACCAAGGAGUUGAAAACGUGGACAUAGCACGUUGCAUGUUUUCAGUACGAGGAACUGGCCGAGGCAGCUUUAUUGCUGGAAAAAGUGUUCACAAUCAAAGAAUUGAGCGUCUGUGGUGUGAUGUUUGGUCAGCUGUCACUUCUAAGUACUACGACCUCCUGCAUACAAUGGAAGAAGAUAGAUUACUUGAUCUGUCAGAUGAACUCCACCUCUUUUGUGUGCACUAUGCAAUCCUUCCACGGCUGAAAUCUGACUUGAAGUGCUUCACAGGGAGUUGGAAUAACCAUCCUAUCAGAACAGAAGGAAAUCUUUCUCCAGAACAGCUCUGGCACAUUGGAAUGCUGCAGACACCAGUGGUGGAGCCAAAUGCAGAGAUUAUGGAGCAACUUUUUCAAGAACAAACCUCCGAUACUGACCCAGAAGAUGGUGUAGUUGUGCCAGAGAUCCAUUGCUCUUUAUCAGAUCAGAACCUUGCUGUUUUGCAUGGAUUAAUUAAUCCCUUGACAUCACCGUUGAAUGACCAGGAGCUCUAUCUCCAGACACUUAGUAUUGUACAAAGACUUUAUUCUCAUGUUUGA